AUGCUUCUACAUUUACUUACAAUUAUUACUAUCAUCAAUAGUCUUACUGGCAAACCAAUCAUUGCUAGAAAUGUUUCAGAUUGUACUAUAACUGAAGAUGGAAUACUUCUUUAUCAUGGUCAACAUUCAUUUACAAAAUUCGAACAUGAAUGUUUACCAUGGAAUGAUUUACAAACAGUUUUUACUGAAAUUAUAAAUGAACCAAAUUUUUUUAAUGAUGCAUCAAUUAAACUAGCUAAAAAUUAUUGUCGUAAUCCAAAUAUGAAUAUUAAUGGUCCAUGGUGUUUUAUUCAAAAUGAAGGUAUUAUUACUAUGGAACAAUGUGAUGUUUGUCAAAGUCUUGCACCUAGAUCAACAUUACCAACAGAUAUAGGAUCUAUUGAUGAAGCAACCAAUGAUGAUUUUAAUAAUGGAUUUUUUCAAAAUAUUCGUGAUGAAUUUAAACGAUAUUUUGCUUAUAUUCGAGAGAAAUUUAAACAAAUCUUCGAACGUAUCAGACAAGGUAUCAGAAAAGUUACAUCAAGAAUUUCCGAACAAUUUGACUAA